UACGCAACAGGUGGCAAGCCUGAGUGCUAGGAUCCCCCGUGAAGAUCCGUGACAAAGUCUACAGAAGGUGCCUCAAAAACGUGUCUACAUCUUUGUAAAUGUUUAGGACGAGAUGAUAGAAUGGUGUGGAUAGUUGUACCCUACAAUUAUCUGCCGGGAUAAUUAAAUGCAGCAGAGGAAGGAGGCUUCGAAAUAUAAAGAACCAAUGAGCGUCGACCUCGUCGUAACACCAUUCCGAAACGAAAACAUUUUCGCCUGGACGACAAACUAACCAGUAGGCAAAAACAGUUUGCCAUAUCAAGUGUACAAUGCGGUGAUUCCAGGGAGGGCAGGACAUCUCGAUAGAAUUACAGUGCACUCAUAAAAGUGAUCCGAAGAUGAAGUGGCCAUUAGUGCUGACUUGCUUUCUGCUGCCGCAUUCGUGCAUCCUCGGCGCAUCGCAUGCCGGCUGUGAGUUUCCGGCGCAAUGGAACGGCCACUGGUUUCAAUCGGGGAAUCAGGGGUUGGUGACAGUGAACGGAUCCAUGAUGACCAGCAAGGGCCGCUGCAUCGAGACCAAAGACGACAAGUUCCUCAUUCAUGACACAGAGGUCAAGUGCUAUCGAUGCAUCGUGAUGCACAUGAAGCAUCCAAAUGUUCUUCAAUAUAAAGAGACUUAUUGCACGAUCGAGUCGCCAAAGCCGAGUCUGCCCUCGAUGUGCAGCGAGCUGACCAGCGACGCGAUUCUUAUUUCACUGUUUCGCACGGGCGCAGCCCCGAUGCCCUGUCCCUUCAAAGGACCCUUGGAAUUCACCUACAGCCACGGCGAGGGGGAAUGUAAUUCACCACUGUCCACUGCUGAAACCUGCACCCAAGAAUCGCGAUUGCUUCUUCGUUAUCAGGCCUGCGCCAACGUUCUGUCUUCUGAAAGCGUUGAUGUGGAGCUAGAAUGUCUUGCCACGUGGAAAGAGGGCAGCACGCACAAUUUAGUAGCACGGCUGCACAGCGCGCGAAAGACCAACGACGAGGACAGCUACAGAUGCUUUAUUUACGAACAAACUUCGAACAACUCGUGGAAUUUGGCGCAGAGCGCUGACGCCUCUUGCACAGGAUUGAUUAGCGUCAAGGAGGCUGCCAAGACCUUUAAAAUGAAACAGAAAAAUUCACCGAAUCGUUGCACUUAUCCAUCCUGGGUGGUGGCAAACAAGUCAUGGGUGGCCCUGGAUCCAAUAACGUCGCGACUGCAGGCAUCGCCUUACAACUUGACGAUCCUUGAUCGAAAGGAGACACGUCUGGUGUGUCAUUCCGUGGUUCCCAUUCACGAUCGUCAUUAUCAUCAUCCCUUCAAUCCUGACAAAGAGAUGCAGGUCCAGUACGUGGCCAAAGCUACCCUCGAUUGCACCAAUGGCUACGUGUGCCUGAUGUUCCACCGAAGGGACGACCAUGUAAUAGAGAUGCAGCUGUCGGAAUGGAGCCAACAACCUGACGACGUGUGCAACUCCAGUACGUUCAACUCCCACUCGACGCCGUACACGACGUUCAUUGAUCCGAUGACAAAGCAGUGUCCCAACCUGGGUCGCUACGAGAUUGUCUCCGUGCUUCAUUCGCAUGCCGGUGAGAACCCCGAAGAGAUACUGGGCGUGGAGGGUGAACCGAACAUGGCAAACGCUGCCGAAGUGCAAGACGUCAGGGUCACAUCGACACCGUAUCCGGGACGAUGUCGGUACGGAAGUGUUCGCCGACUGGAUAUCGGUUGCAAGACACCGGAUCGCAUGGAGUUUGCCACGUCCUGCAGCGACGAGUCACCCUCGGAAUACUGGUGUCACGGAACUUGGAUCGAAAACGACACGGCAUACUUGGUCGCUAGUACGGACGUGGGACGAUAUUGUCUCGUUUACAGUGCAUCCGCCGCGGCGACAGGAAGCCGUGAACUCUCAGUGACGGGUCAUCUUGCUUCCUGUCCGAGGCCCUCUCAUCGUCAUCUAGUAUCGUGGCAGGUCAACCUCACGUCGUACGCGCAAUGUGGCGACAUCUCAACGGCCACAUCGUGGACCUUCCGGAUCUCCGCGUCUGUGUACGUUCUGCUGGUUCUCGGCAUCAUCUUUGGCAGAUAUAUCGCGAGGUGAUACCAUUGAGUGGAGGAAACAGGCCAAACAGAAACGGCCGUGUAGUCAGCUACACAGAACGACAAGCCCAACAACUACAACAAAUCUCUAUAUAAAUAAACAAAACGAAAAUAUAUAAAUAUAUAUAAAUAUAAAUACAAGAAAAAAAAUUAUAUAUAUAUUAAACAGAACGGUUUAAUGGAGGGUGCCGAGAUCGAGGGAGAAAGUAACCUAAUAAUCAAGCUUAGUGGAUAAGUGAUCGUGGCUGCAAACUGUGCUGAGAGGAGGGAAGAGCUACUUGGAAGAUUUUCAUCGACGCUGCGAAUAUGGCGGACACCUGAACGAUCAGCUGUAUAUAAGCUAGGAAUUCGUUUAGAAGAAAAUGAUAAACUUUACUGGAAAGAUUGAAAUAGGACCCACACCCUUCUCCAGGUGUGUAUUACAUUCUGCAUGGGUGCUUUGGGUGUUGGGACCUAGGUGUUUGGUGAUGGGCGGAUCGCUGUGAGCAUGUAGAUAGGUUUUCAAAGUGUUCUUUUCAAAUGUAUUUGAUUUUCUCAUCAAGAUGUACUGGUGAUGCAAGUUACCUGCCUCUGUGUGAUAUAUUCUUCAAUUGCAUUCAAUUGUCAGAGUACCAGUAAAGCUUUCAUGAUUUAUGUGGUGGGGAAUUAUCUGUAUUCAAUUUAUUUCACAGAAUUAAUUAUAGUGGUAUUGAAAGUGUGAUAUAAGGUAACUUCUCAACUGCUUCAAAGAAACCUAGAAUGUUGAACUAUCUUCCAUAAGUCGAUACCCUGAAUGUGAUCUAAUGAAUGAAUAUUUCUAAUUAAACCAAAUUAAUUUUCCUUCGCCACAAACACAUCAGAUACAUCGAACGAAGGAGGAAACAGUAGAAGAGCAAGGAAGAAGAAGAAAUAACAAAACAAAACAAAAAUAAGGGUGCUGGGGCCAAUAUCGUGUGCGUCGAACGAUGACUGUAUAUCCCAGUGAGUGAGAAUGAGUGAGUGGGAGAGAAAGGGAAUCAAGAUGGAAGACGUGCAAAAGUAAAUGAAACCCAGAAAAGAAGGAAGAUAAAAGCGAAGAGAAGAGAGAAACUUUAUAGUACUUGUUUAGGGUGCUCGACGUCCGCCACAUUCGCAGAGCUGUUUUCCAGGUCGAACGAAACGUGUAUUUACUUGCCAGCCAGGGAAUACUGUUUCGACUGUAAUUAUACACGUUUUAAUUAAAGUUCCGUGGCACGAUUGCGUGGCCGAAGAAAAACACGAGAAUCUUUUCCGUACGUGUAACCUGAUGCCCGUGUGUGUGUGUAAAAAAAGGAAAAUAGAAAAAAAGAACGAAAGAGAGGUUAGCGGUGCUGCGCCAUGAGUACCAACAGCUAAAAACGAUUAUUAUUAUUAUUAUAACUAUCAUUGUGCGUGUUGGAACGAGCGUAUAAACGGACUUCUCCCUUCUUCCAUGUCUUCUUUCCUUUUAUUUUUCUUACUGUGCCAUUUUUUCACUUAGAAAAUGGACUUCGACGUUAGCUUGUAAGGACUGUACAUUAACACCUUGCCCAUUGUUCUGAUAACCUGAAAUGGUGGUUGUGCCAUAUCAAUUUGGAGGUUAGGAUUCGUUCAAUAUGGCUUUAUAAACUAUCAAUGGAAACAUGAAAACGGGCCAGGUUUAAUUAUGCUAAAAUUUUAUACUUUUAAUUAUUAUGUUCAAUGUCUUAUUAAUUGGUAUUCAAUUAAUAACCAAAAAAUAGGAGGAAUGUUAAUGACCUCAGGUUGGUAAGGUGUUAAAUGCUCCGUGACACUGUUUUAAGGACUGGAAAGAGGAUUUCCUGAUUUAAUCUGAACGACACGAUCCUUGGAAUCCCUUCUUUCGGGUCGACCCCUGAAUUGAAAUUCACCAGACGAGCUCAUUACUUCCUCUUUUAUUUCUGUAGCUUUCUGAAUGAACUACGCUUCAAGAUCGCUUUGUGAUGUUACACAUUGAUUUCAGCGAUACUUUAUUAAUAGAAAAUUGGUAUCUAAAUUGUUUUUAUUGAAAGUGGCUAAUUAAUUUAAUAUUUGAUGAAGUGGCUCAUAGAAUGUGGCUCAAUGGCUCAAUGAAUCUCAGAUCCUUAAGAUGUGAGUUACUAAUUAUUUAUUUAAUUAAAGUUUCAGAAGUUCACAAGUUCUUAGUCUAUUGUUUGCUUUAACAUAUAUUUAUUCCGUCUAGCCGGUUCGGUCAUCCACUUUGAAAUACAUUUCAGCUGCAGUCCCGUCGGUUCGGUCGGUUCCAUCGAAAUAUCCACAAGUUUGGUUAGUUUUGGGUUAGGAUUGAGUUAAAUUUAGGUUAAGCUUGGCCCAAUAGCGUCGAGAAUCUGUUAUAUAGGAGAACCUCUACGUUCUGAACGCAUGAAUUCCCAAAGCUAAGUACCAAGUUUCAUCCCAAUUGACCACCAAAAGAAUAUUCAAUUAACUUGACAUAAAAUAAGCACGACAUAUCGAGAGAACUCAAUUAAAACGAACAGUCUGUACUGUGAAAACGAAACCAAAAAA